GCUGUCGCACGUGUCUCACGCGAUAUCAUACCCAUGUACUGCACUAUUCACUCAUUAGGCAUAGCUCCUUCGUUUGCCAUAUGUCCCCUCCUCAGCUCAUGUAAGAGUUAUGAGCCCGGAGUCGCGCUCCUGACUAGUCCUCUAGACAAUAACCUUCUGUCCAUUCCAAAACAUCGAUCACAGAUUGCUCACCAGCUGAGCCUGAUCAACCGAACGACAACCUUUUCGUCCACUAAAGAUGACUCCUACUAUUAA